AUGUCGACUAUGAAAAUGUGCGUACGAUGUUUGAAAGUGGGUGGUGAUGUGUACACUUGUGAAGGAUGUAAGACUUGUUUCUGUUUCGAUCAUCUCGUGCAACAUCGACAAGAACUUGCUAUCAAGAUGGAUGAAAUAGGACAACAACAUGAUUUAUUACAGAAUGACCUCGAGCAGCAAGCGAAUAAAGUUGAAAGUCAUCCGAUUUUCACUCAGAUUAACGAAUGGGAACAGGAAUCAAUCAUCAAAAUUCAAGUUAUAGCUGAAGCUGCUCGUGCCGAUCUGCAGCAACAACUUGAAACAAGAACUCAUCGUCUUAAAACAAACUUUAGCAAACUUUCGAAAAGUAUCCGAGCAUGUCGUAAUUCAACCUACUCUGAAAGCGAUCUGAUGAAAUGGAUAGAAGAGCUUCAGCAAAUUCGUAAAGAAUUUGAAAAAUCAUCGGCCACUUUGAAAAUAACGUACGAUUCCCAAGUGACCACGGUUAAUUUUAUCAGGAUUAUUAGUAACGAUGAAGAAAAUAACACUUCAGAAAGUUCACCUGCAGCAAUAGCACAAGAGCAAGUUUCUAUUCACAAAUCAUCUCGUUCUCGUCCUUAUACCGAUAGUGUACCUAACAGGAACACUGAACAAUUUAAAAAAGUAAUCGGUGAUGCUGUAUUAACUGACAAUAAUCUCGUAGCGGAAAAAUCGAGUAUCUACUCAACAAGUAUUCGUGGCGCUAAUUUGUAUACAACAGGAAUACACGAAAUCCAAUUUCGAAUCGAACAUCUGAGUAAUAAUAGUAUUUUCAUUGGAAUCAUUUCAUCAACUCAACAAAUGACAAGCACUGCCUUCAAAUUAUCAUCAGCUUACGGCUGGUGGGACACCAAUUUUCCGGUAGUAGCAGGUAUUCAUAAUGUACAUGGCAUUUAUUCAACGAGGACAGGUGACAAAGUGACAAUAACGCUGGCUUGUGAUGAAAGAGGAUUAAUUUAUCACAAUACGAGAUGUGGAUCAAGUAAGAUGUCUGUCGAUAUCAAUCGUUGUCCUUUUCCGUGGCAAAUUCUUGUCAUUUUGGGCGCAGGUGAGAACAUAAUUCGUAUUCUCGUGUAA